GACUGACCGGCCCGCACUGGGAUUGCGCAGGCGCGUGAUGUUCAGUUGACCGAUGGAGACCGGGAGCUGCGCAGGCGCAUGAAGCUCAGCCGACCCACGGAGCCCGGCGAUUGCGCCGGCGCGUGAUGUUUAGCUGACCGAGUCAAGGGACCGGGUUGCUCGAGCAAUGUGAGGAAAGAGGAGGCGGCAGAGGGAACUGUUACCAAAAUAUUGACAAUCAGGAGCGGAGUAGCGUUGUCGUCACCCCAAGUCUAACAGGCGUUUACUUCAAACAAUUUACUUCAAACAAUUUAUUUAUUGAGGAUGACAGAAUUUUGGCUAAUAUCUGCUCCUGGGGAAAAAACAUGUCAACAGACAUGGGACAAAUUAAAUGCUGCAACAACGAGGAACAACCAUCUCUCUACCAACUACAAGUUUUCAAUUCCAGAUUUGAAGGUUGGAACUUUAGAUGUCUUAGUGGGGUUAUCUGACGAGCUGGCCAAGUUGGACUCAUUUGUGGAGGGUGUUGUGAAGAAGGUGGCCCAGUACAUGGCUGAUGUGUUAGAAGACAGUAGGGACAAAGUACAAGAGAACCUUUUAGCCAGUGGAGUUGACUUGGUGACGUAUAUCACAAGAUUUCAAUGGGACAUGGCAAAGUAUCCAAUCAAACAGUCUCUGAAGAACAUUUCUGAAAUCAUUACUAAGCAAGUAUCUCAGAUUGACAAUGACCUGAAAGCAAGAGCAUCAGCAUACAACAAUCUGAAAGGAAAUUUACAAAAUUUAGAGAGGAAGAAUGUGGGAAGUUUGAUGACAAGAAGCCUGGCUGAUAUUGUGAAGAAGGAAGACUUUGUAAUGGACUCUGAAUAUCUUACCACAUUGUUGGUAGUUGUCCCAAAAACAAGUUAUCUCGAAUGGGAAAAGACUUAUGAAACUCUAGCUGAGAUGGUGGUUCCACGGUCAAGCAAGUUAAUAUGUGAUGACAUGGAUAGUGGCUUGUACACUGUAACAUUAUUCAGGAAGGCAGUUGAUGACUUCCGAUUGAAGGCCAGGGAGAACAAGUUCAUUGUUCGGGAUUUCCAGUAUAACGAGGAGGAGCUCAAAGCUGAUAAAGAAGAGAUGACUCGACUUUCAACUGACAAAAAGAAGCAAUUUGGUCCCUUGGUCCGAUGGUUGAAAGUUAACUUCAGUGAAGCUUUCAUUGCAUGGAUUCAUGUGAAAGCAUUACGGGUUUUCGUAGAAUCAGUUCUAAGAUAUGGUUUGCCAGUGAACUUCCAAGCAAUGCUUUUACAACCCAACAAAAAGAUGAUGAAGAAGCUUCGAGAGGUUCUUAAUGAUCUGUACAAACACUUGGACAGCAGUGCAGCUGCCAUCAUUGAUGCUGCCAUGGACAUACCAGGUCUAAGUCAACAGGAAUACUAUCCAUAUGUGUAUUACAAGAUUGACUGCAAUCUGCUUGAAUUCAAAUAGAUACUAAUACAAUUUUCUCAAGCCACUUUGGCUUGUAGAAUAUGGGUUACAGUAGUAAUGGACAGAUGCCUGCUUGUCCCUUAAUCUUCUUUAAGUCUGGGUUAACUGGUGUUUGCUUACUCAGUCCUCAAUUAGGUGCAGUCCUGUGAUCUGUCUGCUGCUGUUUCCUUUAAAAACAUGUAUUGAUGUACUUUUUUUUUGCCAAUCAGGUAUUGAAUUUAUGUGCUGCAAUAAUCUGGAUCUAUAUUUAUGAAACAAAUUAAUUAUUUAAAAACAAAAAAAAACUCAUUUGUGAAGUGCUGUGUGGUAAACUGCAUUGGUGUCAAUAUUUCUGAAAGACCUUGUUUACAACUGUAUAUUAAUAGUGCAAAAGAGUUUGUAUCAUUUCACCUAUUUACCUGUGUUUGAUACAUAGAAUUUUAAAUAGUCACUGGUCGUAACCAAUCGUGUUUAUUGAAAAAUGUGUAAUGUACAGGGUCUGUACUAAUGUUUUAAACAUGACUCCAAUGUGUAAAAACUCUCUACAUUCAUGAUUUAUCAUGCUGAAAAAAUAUGGAAUAAAUGGAAAAGCCAUGAGAACCAAGUCUCUUUCAAUGUUGAGUAAUUUUAUAACUUUAAACAAAGGUGGUUCAUACAGAAAUGUUCUGUUUAAAUAUCAGCUAAAUUUAUUUAGCAUUGCAUAUCAUAUAAUUUAUGAUCACUGGUUUAAGUGACAGAACUCUAGUGCAAGCAGAACUUGAAUAUUACUGCUUUAUCAUUUGCAAAUUGUUCUUGCUGAGCAAUUAGAACUCUUCUUGGGUAAAGGAAAUAACCUUACAUAAUGACAUUUCUACAAGCAUUGUCUUUGAGAUAUCAAUUUUAGUUUGGCUCUACACGUGCAAACCCAAAACUGUUUGGAAUUCUGCAGGUCUUAUUUGUGUUAAUUAGGCCAAAUAGUUUCAAUCCUCACCAAAGGUUCACUAGCUUGGCUCCUCGGAUGAGAAGGUUGUUGAGGGUCUGAGUAAUUUUGUCUUAUGGACUGCACAGUUUAGAAGAAUUGAAACAUAAAAAAUUCCAAAAGGGCUUGAAAGAUCUUAAGGAUCAUUUCCUUGGCUGGGGAACCUAGAACACUGGGGACACAAUCUCGGGAUAUGGAAGUAAUCUUUUAACUGAGAAAAUUCUUCAUUCCAAUGGCAGUGAAUCUCUGGAAUUCCUUAACCCAAAGAUGUUCUGGAUGUUCUAUUAUUUUAUUUUCACAAGAUUGAGAAAGAUUUUUGGUGUCUUAGGGAAUUGAUGGAUUAUGGGGAAGAGGCCGGAAAGUGGAGUUGAGAAGAUCAGUGAUGAUCACAUUGAGCAGCAGAGCACACUCGAGGGUCACGUGGACUGCUCCUAUUCCUUGUUCUGAUACACAUUGAUGGGAGAUGGGAAUAGAUUAUUCUUGCCUGUAAUGUUAAAAUAAAUGUGCUACUACACUAA